AUGUUGUCUAAUUUUCGACUUGCCCUCAACCCAUUUCGACUUGCUCUAUCAUCUUCAGCCUUUCGAUUCAAUUCAACUCUUUCAAUUGCGCGCACGCGUCGAGUAUGGACCGAUGAAGAGAGUCAAAAGCUUCUUGAGCUAGUUGAAAGCGAAGGAAAACGUUGGACAUACCUUCAAAAGGUCUAUUUCCCUGAUCGACCUGGUGCUGUUCUCGCCAAUCGUUACAAAAUGUUGACCGACAAGACGUCGUAUCAUGGACCAUGGACGGAUGAAGAACGAGAACGGUUACGGCAACUUACAAAAGGCCACACGAGUGAGAGUACCAUUGAUUGGGACAAGUUGCGCGAGAAAAUGCCACGACCACGACCUAUUGUUCAGCUACAGCUUACUUGGCGCCAUUCUAUCGAUCCAGCUAUUCGACAUGGAAAGUGGAGUGAACCAGAGAUUGAAAAACUGGACCAACUUGUUGCAAAGUAUGGUACAAGCGAUUGGGAAGCGGUGGCUCAAGGUGUUCAGUCUCGUACUGCUCGUCAGUGCCUGGAACGAUGGAAGUGGCAACAGGAUCGAAGCUUGAAGAAAGGGCGUUACACACCCGAUGAAGAUAGGGCUAUUCUUGAAGCCGUCGCAAAACAUGGGGAGAACUUUGCUGCCGUCAAAGCCGCCAUAAAAAGUGAACGCACACCACGACACAUUUCACAGCACUAUCACUACAUGUUGAGCAAAACCACGGAUCGUUCACCUUGGACCGAGGAAGAAGAAUUGCAAGUUUACAAUUUGGCCAACAAAUACAAUCACGAUAUGAAACGCGUCAAGCAAGAACUCAAAAGUUCACGUGCCGCCAAAGAUCUUUGGAAUCACUAUUACAAGGUCAAGAGAAAGCUGGAAAAGAAGGAGGAAAAGAGGUUGGAAUUGGAACGUAGCAGGAAGGAAUCAUGA